AUGUGCCCAAGGAGGCGCAGGGCACAAGAUGGGAGGGCCCGCGGGCAACCAUCGCAAGAUUGGCGCCGCAGGCACGAGCAUGUGACGGUGUGGACAGGCCGUGACAGCUGGCAAGGCGCCUUCCCUCCCUCGCGUCCCUCACCACCACGCCACGACCGGGUUCUGCAGCCUGCCACGCAUGAAGGCGAGGCGGGAGGGCGUCUCUCGUUUCCCAGCGCUCGGGGGCGCCGCCCCCGGCCCCUCCGCCGGGCCCCUUCGUUCGGCCCCAAACCAUCGCUCCAGCGGGCGGCAGGCUGCCAGGGCGGUGACGCCGUGCUCCGGGUACACCCCCGCCUUCACGUCCUGGAUCAGCUCCAUGCCGAUCACGCUCAGCUUCUCCAUCGCCUGGCGGCGUCAGGGUGGGGUGUGAUGGAGCGUGUGGGUCGAGCUUCACAACCUGCGACUGUGUGGGACCAUGGGCUCAUGAGCAGCCUGCCCCGCCACGCAUCCCCCCUUUCCCUACCCAGGCACCCACCGCAGUGGCCCUGUGGCUCUUGGUGUAAGCAGGCCCAGUGA